AGUGUGCCAGUGUGUCUUUGAGUCUCUGAUUCAGUGUGAAAAUAAAAGUUCUUUCUAGUUUCUCAAUCUAAUACCAUUGUGUACACUUCGAGAAAAACAUUUGAAAAAAAUAUGUACAUUUGAAAAGUUGAAAUUCUUAAUAAAAAACAUAAAUAAAUAAAAGAUGCCGAAACAGAAACCAGUACCUGUGGAAGAUUUAAUAAUCCCACCACAAGAUGGAAAAAUUUGUGGAACGAUUUGUGUUUGUCAAAUGACUGCAGUGUUAAGUAGUGUUGCUUUGGUAUAUUUAACCGUAGCAAUUUAUAUGCCCUCAAUUCGUGCAUUCGAAUCUGGUAUAUCCGAAGUUCCCGCAAUGUGUACAACAACACGAGCCGUAAGUUCCGAUACAUGUGAUUGGGGUUCUUGUGGUGAAUGGUGCUUGAGUAAAACUUCGGGAGCAUGUAUGAAAAUCUAUGUGAAUCUUCGUAACAACGGCUCCAACAUAGUUCUGGCAAAUUGUACGAAUGCAGCGAAUAAAACAUGUUAUGGGAUCGAUCAGGAGAAUGCGAAGAAAAAUCGGUGCAUAACGGAUGAGUGUAAAAAUUUGACAGGUACCUUUAAUUGUACCGAAGGGAUGUGUAUAAAUAUCACGGAUGCGUUUAUGUGUAUAUUUAAGGAUACUGACGCUCCGUUAAAGUGUUCGGGAAGACGUGGUAAAUUUAAUUGUGCGGAUAUUGAGGGGUUGUUUAAUUGUAAUCGAGGGACGUGUGAACGGAUUUUAACCCCGUAUAAUUGUGAUCGUCGAUGUGUAGAUAUCCCAACCCGUAAUAAGAAUGUGAUUUUGUUAAGUGGCGAUAAGGUUUACCUCUCUCAGUGUCAAAAAGCAUUAGAUUUAGAUACAGGGACAGAAGUGUGGAACGAUACUUCCGGUACAAUUAUGAUGGCUUCCUGUUACAACAUUCAAAACACAACAAAUGGAGUAAUCGCUGACGAUUGUAUAAAUGGAUCGCUUCUCGAAACAAACACUUUAAGCGAUUUAACAAACUUUACAUAUUUAAGUUAUUUAAGUGUUACCAAUCCAAUUCCAUUAGAUCCGACAAGAAAAGUUGCACCGCCAGAACUCGAUUUAUUAAUCGCAAACGAUAGCAAACUACUAAUUAACAUGGAGGGAUGUGUAAACACGUUAAUGGACGAAUGCAAGGAAUUUUUAAGGGAGUAUGGUAAAGAUGGCACUGAUCAUAAUGCAAGGGCACGAUUUCCAUGUUUUUUUUCUGACACAGAUACCACAAAGGUUGUAGCACGAUUCGAUUUAAUCACAACCUAUCAUCAGUUCUUAUUUGCAGCGAUUGUACCGACUUGUUUGUUUAUAAUAUCAUGUUUCACACUUAUUUUAUGCCAACGUUCGAUUGUUGUGGGCGAUGAUGCAAAAAUGCGAUUUAAAGGGUGCGCUGGUGCCAACACCAUUUUACCCACUGAUAAAAAUGCAUCCUCAAAUAAUUUAGCUGACGGUGGUGGUGGGGGGGAUAAUGUAAUGGCACUCUGAGAUCCAUCACGCAUUCCACUCCUGCAAGAGAGCCCGGCUCAUCGAGAAGGUACAUUCUCGAGCCGAGACGACGAUUGAAUAUCACCGCCUAGAGCCAGUUCCGCACGCUGCUUCAAAUCGCCCUUAAUGCACUAAAUACAACAAAAAAAAUCGUAACUUCUACUUUGUUGAUUCUUCACGUUCUUUGUUGAUUUCCAAAAAAUUUGUGACUAAACUAAACGAAAAAAAAAAACCUUCAAAUCUGUCGCUAAAUACAAAACAAAAGAAUCGCAACUAAUCGCAACACAUAUCAUUCUUCACAUCAGUGUCUCCAAAACAACAAAUCCUUCGCGGAUUGACGUUGAAAUCGCACAACAAAAACCCGUACUUUUCUUUUAAUUUUAAUUGUGAGAAGACAAACGCGAUACAUUUUUGUAAUUUUUAAAUAAUUUUAAAAUAUUUAGAUGCCAUAUUGCAACGAAAUUAAAUUUAAUAAUGACUACUCCAUGAAGAACGUCAACGUGGAGCAGACUCCAGUACUACUCCACAUCCAUAUGUAUAGUGGAGCAGGCUCUAACUAACUCUAAAACAUUCAAAACAGCAUUCUGGCAAGCGUGUGACAACAAAUUAAAAUUCAAAUGACUAACAAUAACAAAAAAUAAAACCAAAUAUUAAAAAGCAAAAAGACAUUCAAAGUAAUAAAAAACGAAGACUCGCGGACAGUACUUGCGGUUGCGGGUAUUUUUUGCGAGAUGAAUCCCGGCUCUCAGGAGAGGAACGCGUGUAUUAUAAAAUAUAAAAUAAACUUAAACAUUAUGUAUCAUUUAUUUAACUACGCAUAUUCGUUUAUAGUGCAAAUAUAUUUACUGAGAUAGAGAUUAAACAAAAAAUACAUAAAUAUACCUAUUUACCUUAAUCUUAUCCCUAAUUUAACCUAAAAACCUUAAACCUUUAAAUCUAACCUUAUUUUAUCCUUAAAAAAAACCUUUAAAGAAAUUUUAUCUGCUCGAAUUCAGCGC